AAGUUGUAGAAAACGAAAGUAAAACUGUGCCUCUGUUUCGGCAGCAUGAUUAUGUGAAAUGGCGGAGACAAACUUGCUUAAAUAUUAUUCUACAGAUUUCUAAGAUAUCUGGUGAAAAUGAGCAGGAGAAUCGACCGUAGAACGCGUAUUGUGUUCCUUUGUCUUGUACUGCACGUUAAUCAAUAUCUUGCAAAAGACUUUACUCUGGAAGUGGAUGAUCCCAUACAUGCUUUGGUAAAUCAAAAUGUUAGCCUGAAAUGCUUGAUAGUGGAGAAAAUACCCGAAGAAUGGAUUAACAAUAAUUUUGGAGUCCAGUGGAAGAUAAACUCUAAGGAUAAGAUGGAGGAAGUCCUGUACACAUAUAAUGCAGGGGAAAUUACCAGCAAAAGGGAAGGAGCAAGUAUAUCUCAGGAUGCCGUGAAAAUAAAAAAUGCUUCGCUUUCUCUUCCAAACAUACAAUUUAAAGAAGAAGGAGACUACACGUGUGUUGUUUUUAAUACUCCUUGGAAAUCUGAAAAAACCUUUAAAGUAACUGUAUCUUCAUACCCAGAAGUUACUCUCACACCUGAAGACCUUAAAAUCCUGCUAGGUAACGAGAAGUCACUGGAGUGUAAAGUGUCAGGAUUUUAUCCUGAGAAGAUUGAAAUUGCUUGGAAAAAAUCUAAAGAUGGAAAGGUUACAGCGGUAUCAAGUGAUCAUGUCUGCACAGGAACACCGGCCAUUAACAGUGAUCAAACUUUCAGUAUAACUAGUAGUCUCAGACUACAGCCAUCGCUUGAGGAUAAUGGCAAUGUUUAUCAAUGUGAGGUGAUGCAUAGAACAUUCAAAACACCACUUGUUUUUGAAUCGAGACUCUCUGUUGAAGAGAGUCAAUCCAGUGGUUCUUUAAUUGCUGGAAUUUUGAUACCCGUGCUUCUUAUUUUAUUGGUGAUUACAGCAGUAUCUUUGUAUAUGAGAUUUAAAGCAGUUCUACCUAAAGUUACCGAAUUGAACAUUCCUGGUCCUAUAAAACAUAAAGACAAGGCAACUAUUUCCAGUGUGGUGUCUGGGUUUCGACCUGAUGUUAUUGAUGUAAUCUUAAAGCUGAAAAGAAGCAGCCAAGAUUGCAUUGACAUUUUUAAAUGGCAUAACCAACAACCAAUUACCUCAAAGAGGUUGGACAACUAUGAUGAAAUUAUCCCUAUAAAUGGCACAGUCGACCAGGACCCACACGGCUCAUUUAAAGCCAUCAUUACCGAGAUGGAGAAACACAGUGACGGCACAUUCAGUAUCAUAUGUACCAUAUCAGUAACUCCAGACAUUGACAUGGAUGCUGGGGCAGAACUGGUUCUGGAAGUCCAGCAUUCGGCAGUAACUAUUAGAAAAUCUGUAACCAUUACAGUUGUCGGAGUAAAGCCAAGAAUACACAAAGUUAUCGUGCCACCUGUUGUGAUUCACAAUGAACUUGUGGCUUUGACUUGCCCAAUCAAUGGAUUCAAACCCAGACCAGCAGCCAUCACCUGGCACAAAAAGGAAGUGAAUGGAAAAGAAAAGGAAGUAUUGAGGCUAGAACCUGAUGGCAAAUUGGUUGUGGAAAAAAACCGUGAAGGAAAAAAACCAAAAUACUCCCAUGGAAUAAGUGAGAUGGAAUAUGAAGAAGAUAGCACACAUGAUGUUAUAAGUAUUUUAACAUUUGUUCCAACGAUACAAGAUGACAAUGAGGCCUCAUACAUCUGUAAAGUUUAUCACGUAGCUACCGAGAUUACACAAGAAACAAAGGAGACUAUCUAUGUAAAAGCUGCACCCAAACUGGAUGCUAUCCAGCUUUCACCUGAUGUGCCACAGAGCGAGAGCCUUCUCACCUUAUCCUGUCGAGUGCACUCAUAUUUCCCACAAGCCACCCUUGAGAUCGUUUGGUAUUUGGAAGGUAAACGGGUGGAAGAAGGAACACAAAUUGGCGAUGUUAUCAAGGCAAAUGAUGGUUUAUUCUAUUGCACAAGUUUCUUCAAAAUGAUUCCAACCUGGAGAGAUGUUGGUAAGGUGUUUACCUGCGAGGUUAGGCAUGAAAGUAUUGCAGAGCCCAGGACAGUCGAAUGGAAAUUGGAUGAACUGGUUUCAGUUCCAGUAGUAACUGACAUCAAAAGUGACCCACCUUUACCGGAGAUCGGGAAGCCGAUGACUUUAUCCUGUGUCGUAAAGGAUUACUACCCAAAAGAUUGCACAAUCGCGUGGGUACAAGGAUUUGAAAGAACUGAUGAUGGCAUGGAGACCGACGAGCCUGAAUUCGAUGAAGAAAGGAGGGUCUACAGUCGGAAAACCCAAAGGACAUUCAUACCAACUAUGGAGGAUUAUGGGUCUGAAUACACUGUGGAGAUUGUGCACCAGGGCAUAACUCAGAGACCCCCCAAAAACGUGUUUGUCAUGAAAUUCAAAGGUGUUCCUACGGUUGGGGACAUUAUUAAAGGCACGGAUGUUGUUGACUACGGACAGCCAGUUACCCUUUCCUGUGACGUCACAGGAUUCCUUCCCAAAGAAAUCCAAGCUGAGUGGCUACACAAUGGCAAAAAAGUCCAUAACAAUGGGAUCAAACUUAGCGGCCCAGAUGAAAAUGGUUUUUACAGUCUUCGAAGCAUUUAUCAGCUGACCCCAACCGCACAUGAUUUUAACAAAGAUGUUUUAUUUUCGGUGAAACAUCAAACCUUGAAGAAAGCAGUUAUAAAAGAGGCCUAUAUAUCUCUUUCUGCUAAGCCACCGAUUGUAUCCAAUUUAAUAAUCGAGCCUCAAACUCCAGAAAUCAGUCGAAAACUAAGAAUGUCUCUGACUAUAGAGGAUUAUUCCCCUGAAGAAAUCAAAGUAGAAUGGUACAGAUAUAAGGGAUCAUUUGAAAAAAAACCAGUGACAACUUGUACAGUUGCUGAAAAUGGCCUGUUCCGUGGGAAAAGUGUCUUAGAAUUCAUACCCAAAGCCACUGACCAGGGAGGUCCUAUCAGAUGUGAGGUGAUGCACCCAGUAACUAAGGAAAUGAAAGAAAAGAGUUUUGUGCUGUUUCUGAAAGACUGCCCUGUUCUGUCAGAGAUUAAUUGUCAUCCAAAAUUCCCCAAAUUGGGCGAGCAGGCCACUCUGACUUGUAACAUAAGCAAAUUCAAACCAAAGGAUAUCCAAGUUGUUUGGUUCAAUAAUAAAACUAAAAUCCAGAGUGGAGUCAAUACCAGUGAGCCGAAAUGUCAUGACGAUGGUUAUUACUAUUUAACUACUGAGCUCACAACAACAGCAUUGGGAAAAGGAGACAAAUAUGUGCUUCAAGUCUCCCACCAGCUUUUAGAUGAACCAAUGAGAAAGGAAUACGUAAUGGGGCUAAACAAAACAACAGAAGAAUCCCAAAUAAAGUGUUUGCAGAAGAACCCGAAAGCCGGCGAGGAGCUCACCCUAGAAUGCACUUUCAAGGGACUGAAAGAAUCAGCAGAGAUUAUCUGGCAUAAUAAUGGGUUACUUCUGGAUGCGGAAACAUGGGUCAACAAACCAUCAAGAGAUCCACCGGGAAUCAUCUCCACCUUAACUUUGACACCAGCUGAAUCAGAGACAAAGUGUGAAAUUGUAUGUGAAGCGUCUGACUGUUAUCUGCCUGUAGGGGAUCACAAGUUAACCCUAUACCUCUGUUAACUGUAUUUCCAAUGAACUUUAAAGACUGGACGCGAUGAAGAUCCAUGCCUGGAUAACCUCUCAGUGCAUUGAACAUCUGCACGCUCUUAAUUAUAUGUGUUAUGAAUCAUAGCUAUGAUAUUAAAUGAAUGAUAUCUAACAACAUAAUUCCAUUAGCUACAUAGGCUCAAAUGUGCAGAUUUGAAAGAAACACAUAUUGUAAUAUACCGGUAUUUUCAUUUUGAAACAGACACCUGCUACAGCACUAGAUUAAAGGAAGUUCUCAGGUUGCUUACCAUGCCUUCCAGGAAGUCUGUUACUGCUUUACUUCCUUUAUAAUUUCACCCCAGUUGUGUCUUCUGCUGUAGUAUGUUAUUGGGUGAAAGCUUGGAAGUUAGUAAGGGAAGCAGCUGAUUGGUUACGGACAGGAAUGAAGUCAGUGAAGGGAUGAGGACAAUUUCACCAUUCUGGUGAAAUGACGGUCUAAAAGCAGGCUUGCGAACAGAGAUUUCUCUAACCUAGUGGUAGUACCAGAUAACAUGUUUUGAAAUUAAAGUACAUGUGUGCUAAAAUGUAUUUCUUUCACAACUACACAUUAUCAUGAAUGGAUGUUCAUGGUGGGGAAAACUUUUUUAAUUAUUUUUUUAAAAUUAUACUAACGAAACUAUUUUGUUAAUAUAAUUACUUAAACUGAUAUAACUAAGAUAUAUUGUCUAACAGAAUGAACUCUGUCCAGAUAAAAUGAUGACAUUUUGUAAGUAUUAUGCUUUAUUUUAUCAAAAACGAAAAAAAAACAAAAAAAAAAAACUUUGCAUUUACUUCUAUGGUAGACAUUGUUAUAAAUUAAUGGAAAUGGAACUGAUAUAUAA